GAUUUAAUCGACGUGUCGUCGGCGAGAAUCAGUGCGAUCAAGGAAGAAAGGAUCAGAAUGUGGCGUGAUCCUCCAGGAGGAGGGUGUAUACCCAACUAUCUAACGACGAUGUUUCUAUUGGCUAUUCUGGCAUUGACGAACGUGGCUUGUGCUGAGGAUGAAUCUAUGGGACCCGUGUUUGUCAAGGAACCACCAAACCGAAUUGACUUCUCAAAUGGAACCGGAGCUGUUGUCGAAUGCCAGGCCAGAGGAAACCCCCAACCGGAUAUCAUUUGGGUUCGUGCUGACGGAAGUGCUGUUGGGGACGUUCCUGGACUCAGACAGGUCUUACCGAACGGAAACUUGGUCUUCCCUCCCUUCCGCGCCGAGGAUUAUCGUCAAGAGGUUCAUGCUCAGGUUUACAGCUGUCUGGCGCGUUCCCCAGCAGGUUCAGUUCACAGCCGAGAUGUUAACGUGAGAGCCGUGGUCCAGCAGUUCUACGAGACGAGGGUCAUCGACGAGUUCGUGUUGCGCGGCAACACGGCAACCUUGAAGUGCCUGGUGCCGAGCUUUGUGGCGGAUUUCGUAGACGUGAUAGAGUGGCUGGCUGUCGAGGAUGGGUCCACGUACAACGCGAACAGCCAAGAAGAAAAGGAUGGAAAAUACCUGGUACUGCCUUCUGGAGAACUGCAUAUUCGUGAUGUUGGACCCGAGGACGGAUACAAGACCUACCAGUGCCGCACCAAGCAUAGAUUGACCGGUGAAACCAGAUUGUCUGCAACCAAAGGACGCCUCGUCAUUACCGAGCCGGUCAGCGGCGCAGCACCCAAGGUGCCACCCACGGCUAAGAUAACGGUCCUCUCGUUGCCUAUUCAAACAGCCACCGCCAUGUUGUGUCAGGCUCAGGCUCAUCCUUUGCCUAUCUUCAGAUGGUACAAGUUCAUCGAAGGCUCCUCUAGACGGCAACCGGUCCAACUUAACGAACGCGUACGUCAGGUUAGCGGAACACUGAUCAUCCGUGAGGCUCGCGUCGAAGAUUCCGGCAAGUAUCUCUGCAUCGUGAACAACUCCGUCGGUGGUGAAAGCGUGGAAACCGUUCUGACUGUCACUGCACCGUUGGCCGCUGAAAUCGAGCCUAGCACACAGACCAUCGACUUUGGCAGGCCCGCUACCUUCACUUGCAUCGUCCGAGGAAACCCAAUCAAGACUAUCUCCUGGUUGAAGGAUGGCAAACCACUUGGACUGGAAGAACCCGUGCUCAGAAUCGAAAGUGUGAAGAAAGAGGACAAGGGAAUGUACCAAUGCUUCGUUAGAAACGACCAGGAAAGCGCUCAAGCUACCGCCGAACUCAAACUUGGUGGCCGAUUCGAACCCCCUCAGAUCCGUCAAGCUUUCUCAGAGGAGACUCUUCAGCCUGGACCCAGCAUGUUCCUAAAGUGUGUCGCCAGUGGAAACCCGACUCCUGAAAUCACCUGGGAACUCGAUGGCAAACGGUUAUCCAACACUGAGAGGCUUCAAGUAGGACAGUACGUGACUGUGAACGGCGACGUGGUUUCUCAUCUGAACAUCUCCAGCAUUCAUACAAACGACGGUGGACUCUACAAAUGCAUUGCUGCUUCAAAGGUUGGAUCUGCGGAACACUCAGCUCGUCUCAAUGUCUACGGUCUGCCAUUCAUCCGUCAUAUGGACAAAAAAGCUAUCGUUGCUGGUGAAACACUUCGCGUGACCUGCCCUGUCGCCGGAUAUCCGAUCGAGAGCAUUGUUUGGGAACGAGACACCAGGGUUUUACCGAUCAACAGAAAACAGAAGGUCUUCCCCAAUGGCACUCUUAUCAUCGAAAACGUCGAGAGGAUGAGCGAUCAGGCUACUUACACUUGCGUCGCACGCAACGCCCAAGGAUACAGCGCUAGAGGAACACUGGAAGUUCAAGUUAUGGUCGCUCCGCAAAUAUUGGCCUUUAGUUUCGGAGACGAGCCUGCCGGCUGGGGCGAAUUGAUCUCCGUGACUUGCUCCGUGACCAAAGGCGAUCAGCCUCUCGAGAUAUCUUGGGCGUUUAACGGGACUCCGAUCAGCAGUUACCAUAGAUCCGACGUCAUUAUAGCAAGCACAAACAAGAAAAACAGCGUGCUGACUAUCGAGUCGGUCGCGGCCGGGCAUGCAGGGGAAUAUACCUGUUCCGCGUCGAAUCGUGCCGGCGCCACGACGCACUCCGCUCAGCUGACCGUAAACGUACCACCACGCUGGAUUCUGGAACCUACCGAUAAGGCAUUCGCUCAAGGCUCUGACGCGCGCGUUGAAUGCAAAGCUGACGGUUUCCCCAAGCCCCAGGUCACAUGGAAGAAGGCUGCUGGAGAUACACCGGGCGAUUACACCGACUUGAAACUGAACAACCCAGACAUCAGCGUUGAAGAUGGAACCUUGUCGAUCAAUAACAUUCAAAAGACCAACGAAGGCUAUUACCUUUGCGAGGCUGUGAACGGAAUUGGCGCAGGACUUUCGGCUGUUAUCUUCAUCUCUGUUCAGGCUCCUCCCCACUUUGAGAUCAAACUGAAGAACCAAACUGCACGACGUGGAGAACCGGCUGUACUGCAAUGCGAGGCUCAGGGCGAGAAACCAAUUGGCAUUUUGUGGAACAUGAACAACAAGAGACUGGACCCGAAGAGCGAUUCUAGAUACACCAUUCGCGAGGAAAUCUUGGCUAACGGAGUACUGUCUGACCUGAGCAUCAAGAGAACACAGAGAGGAGAUUCUGCAUUGUUCACCUGCGUAGCCACCAAUGCCUUUGGAAGCGACGAUACCAGCAUCAACAUGAUCGUACAAGAGGUUCCUGAAGUUCCAUACAGCUUGAAGGUAUUAGACAAAUCUGGAAGAUCAGUUCAACUCUCCUGGGCAGCACCUUACGACGGAAACAGCCCCAUGAAACGUUAUGUCAUUGAAUACAAGAUCAGCAAAGGCUCGUGGGAAACUGACAUCGAUAGAGUACUGGUACCUGGAUCCCAACAGAACGUAGCUGGAGUUUACAACCUGAGACCUGCCACCACUUAUCACCUGAGAAUCGUUGCUGAGAAUGAAAUUGGCGCAUCUGAUCCAUCUGACACUGUUACCAUCAUCACUGCCGAAGAAGCACCCAGCGGCCCACCAACCUCUGUUCGCGUUGACGCUCUUAACCAGCACACUCUCAAGGUAACAUGGAAACCACCCCCGCGCGAAGACUGGAACGGCGAGAUCCUUGGAUACUACGUUGGCUACAGACUCUCCUCAUCCGACAAGCCUUACAUGUUCGAGACCGUAGACUUUUUGAAGGAAGACGGAAAGGAACACCACUUGCAAAUCAUGAACCUGAAGAUCUACACCCAAUACAGCGUCGUUGUUCAAGCUUUCAACAAAGUUGGAUCGGGACCAAUGAGCGAAGAACGUAGACAGCACACUGCCGAAGGAGUACCUGAACAACCACCUCACGAUACCACCUGCACCACUCUUACUUCUCAGACAAUCAGAGUUUCAUGGAUGUCGCCACCUCUUAGCGCUGCCAACGGAGUUAUCACUGGAUACAAGGUUAUUUACGGACCCUCUGACACCUGGUACGAUGAGAACACCAAGGAUACCAAGAUCACAUCUUCCAGCGAGACCAUUUUACACGGACUGAAGAAAUACACUAACUACAGCAUGCAAGUUCUGGCUUUCACCUCUGGCGGCGAUGGAGUUAAGUCUGCACCUAUCCACUGUCAAACUGAACAAGAUGCCCCUGAAGCUCCCAUUGCGAUUAAGGCUCUCGUCAUGUCCGGUGAAUCCAUCCUCGUCUCCUGGCGCCCACCAAGCCAACCCAACGGAGUCAUCACCCAGUACACCGUCUACACCAAGGCUGACAACGCAGAGGAACCAACUAGCCAGAAAGUACCACCCAAUCAAUUAACUCACGAGGCUUCCGGACUGGAUAAUCAACAUAGAUACGACUUUUGGGUAACUGCUAGCACCAACAUCGGCGAGGGAGAGGCUUCUAAGAUCGUAGCUUUGGCACCUAGCGCUCGAGUACCGGCAAAGAUCGCAUCCUUCGACGACACGUUCACUGCUACCUACAAGGAAGACGUCAAACUGCCCUGCUUAGCUGUCGGAGUACCUGCACCUGAAGUGAUCUGGAAGGUUCAAGGCGCCGUUCUCCAGCCCAGCGACAGAUUACGACAAUUACCCGAAGGAUCUCUGUUCAUCAAGGAAGUCGACCGUACCGAUGCCGGAGAAUACUCUUGCUACGUUGAAAACUCAUUUGGCCACGAUACCGUUACUCAUCAACUGAUCGUUCACGCUCCUCCUCACUCACCGCAAGUUACCCUCACUGCUACUACCACCAACUCUUUGACACUGAAACUGAGACCUCAUGCCAACGACAAUGCUCCCAUCCACGGCUACACUAUUCACUACAAACCGGAAUUUGGAGAUUGGGAAACCGCUCAGAUCAGCUCUACCGCGCAGAAAUACACUCUCGAGAAUCUGUGGUGUGGCUCUAGAUACCAGAUCUACGUUACUGCUUACAACGGAAUUGGAACUGGCGAUCCAUCUGACAUGCUCAACACGCGCACCAAGGGCUCCAAACCGAUCAUUCCCGACGCAUCUAGAUUCAUCGAAGUCUCCACUAAGAGUAUCACCCUUCACUUGAGCGCCUGGUCCGACGGUGGCUGCCCCAUGCUCUAUUUCGUCGUCGAACACAAGAAGAAGCACCAACAGGAAUGGAAUCAGGUAUCGAACAAUGUGAAACCCGGCGGAAACUUCCCUGUUAUGGACUUGGACCCUGCUACCUGGUAUCACUUACGUGUCACUGCUCACAAUAACGCUGGUUUCGCUGUAGCCGAGUACGAAUUCGCGACACUGACCGUAACUGGAGGCACCAUUGCACCGGCCCGCGAGCUGCCCGACGUGAACGGUGGUGGCAACGACGAGGAUCCGAUGAAAAUUUUCAUGGCUAACUUAAAUCUGGUCGUACCCGUGGUAGCAGCUAUUCUCGUUAUAAUCGUUGCCGUCAUCGUGAUCUGCGUUCUCAGAGGAAAGGGCCAUGGUAGCGAUAAAGACGACGUGGUAUAUCAGCAAACCGGCGUUGGAGGAGCUACUCUCGACAAACGACGACCCGAUCUUCGCGACGAACUUGGCUAUAUCGCACCACCUAACCGUAAAUUACCCCCGGUACCUGGCUCCAACUAUAACACCUGCGAUCGCAUCAAGCGAGGUACAGUGAUAAGCAUGGAGGAUGAGAUUUGCCCGUACGCUACCUUCCACCUUCUUGGAUUCCGCGAGGAAAUGGACCCCAGCAAGGCUAUGCAAUUCCAGACCUUCCCUCACCCUGGCAAUGGACACUCUGGCACUAUGGGACCACCUGUUGGACAUCCUACCAAUGCUUCUGCUCACAGCCGUUCUGGAUCUCAAUCUAUGCCACGACAAAACGGACGCUAUUCCAGAGUACCAUCCCAAGGAGGCGGCAGCGGAACUCACAAUGUCUUCUCCCCCGAAUACGACGACCCAGCUAACUGUGCACCCGAAGAAGAUCAAUACGGCUCGCAAUACGGACAAUACGGCGCUCCCUACGAUCAUUAUGGAUCUCGCGGAUCAGUUGGACGUCGCAGUGUAGGAUCAGCCCGCAAUAUUCCCGUCUCUGGAUCACCCGAACCACCACCACCACCACCAAGGAACCACGACCAGAACAACUCGAGCUUCAACGACAGCAAGGAGAGCAACGAGAUCAGCGAGGCAGAAUGUGACCGCGACCAGCUUGUGAACCGCAACUACGGCGUGAAUGCUCGCGGCAAGGACGGCAUGACCACCGAGGAGAUGCGUAAACUCAUAGAGAGGAAGCCAAACGAAGCCCCCGGCCGGCAAACCAGCACCAGCCACGGCAGUCACGGGGGACUCCUCACACCCUACGAUACUGUGGCAGUGUAAUCUGUAAAUCAUCAUCCGUGGUCUUCCGUCUCUCUCGCCAGCAGCGGCCGAAGACUUCGUCGAGAGAAGCGGAACAACGAGUGCGCACGCGAACUCUUCCCCCGGUGCUGUCGUCGGUUCAAUUUGCAACGAUUAAUAC